AUGAGCGGUGACCCGGCCCCUCCUGCAGCUGUCCAGCUGUGCUAUGAGAACUGGAACGGAUCCUGUGUCAAAGCUCCAUACUCCCCAGGACCCCGCCUGGUUCUGUACCUGGUGUUUGGCUCUGGGGCUGUGCUGGCUGUCUUUGGAAACCUGCUGGUGAUGACUUCAAUCCUGCACUUCAAGCAGCUCCACUCCCCAGCCAAUUUUCUGGUCACCUCUCUGGCCUGUGCUGACUUCUUGGUGGGGACGACUGUGAUGCCCUUCAGCAUGGUCAGGUCUGUGGAGAGCUGCUGGUACUUUGGGGAUGCUUAUUGUAAAUUCCACUCUUCUUUCGAAGGCUCCUUCUGUUACUGCUCUAUCUUCCACCUGUGCUUUAUCUCCAUUGAUAGAUACAUCGCUGUCACUGACCCUCUGGUCUAUCCAAGUAAGUUCACGGUUUCCUUGUCUGGCAAAUGUGUUGCUUUCUCCUGGCUGCUUGCUGUUAUCUUCAGCUUUUCCCUUCUUUACACAGGAGCAAAUGAAGCUGGGCUGGAGGAACUAGUGAGUGCUCUCACCUGUGUGGGAGGCUGUCAGGUUGCAGUGAAUCAAAACUGGGUCUUGAUUGAUUUUCUAUUAUUUUUCAUCCCUGCACUUGUGAUGAUAACUGUUUACUCCAAGAUUUUCCUCAUAGCUAACUAUGAAAAGGAGGCUGAGCCCAGCACAUCAGCACCAGCCACAGGGAGCAGAGUCCUGUGGCUGAGGCAUGAGCAUCCUGGGAGGAAGCUAACUUCUCAGUAA